CUAGAGUUGAGUUAGCACCUCAACAGGACUCCCACGAGACUUCUUGUUGCCCAAUGCUACUAUCAUGGAUAUGCUACCUUCAUCCACCAAUUCCAGUCCCUCCAGCAUAGCAAUGGGAGUGUUGACGUCUCCCACCACCAUAGCUAUCACUCCAAGUAGCAUAGGGUACCAGUUCAUCAUUCCCAACACCACUUACUAUUGCAUCUGCAGGGCCCGACAGCAUGGUUUGACUCCAAAUGAAUAUAUUGAGGCUAUGGCAAUGGAGCUUGAGGAUUUGGACGACGAAAGGAUGGAUACCUUUAAAAGAAUGGCGACUCAGAAGAAGAAGGUGGCGCGAGCAUACAACAAAAGGGUGAAGAAGAAAAGUUUUGUGGAAAGCGAGUUGGUGGGGAAGGUCAUCUUGCGUCCAAGGACAAAAGACACAGAAUUGGAAAAAUGAUCACCCAAUUGGAAGGGCCAUCCAAGGUGCAUGCAAUCUUGAGACAUAAUGCAUACCAAUUAUUUAAUCUAGAUGGAGUUCUCCAUAAAAAGUGCAUCAAUGUACACCAUCUUAAAAGGUCCUAUCCUAGUAUCUUAAAAGUGGCACAAUCUAAAGUUCAAGAAGAAGUGGUGCAAGGCCAUUGAGUUGACCCACAUGGGACUGGCCUUAAGGCCACUGAGCUGUGGUAUCAUCAAAAUUAAAGCAAUAGUAUAAUGGACAAACGGUUUUCAGAGAAGUUGUUCUACUGUUCCUAUCAUGGUCAGAUAAGUUAAACAAAGCAAGCAGAAGGGCUUUAUCUGCUCAAAAUAGUUCAUAUACAGUACAGUGGGUGGCAAUGGCAUAUCAAAAGGCUCAACCCUGGUCAUCAAAUAACAAUCACAAGUAGAGGACUCAACCCUACUCAUCAGUUCACGGCUAAAAAUCAGGGCUCAGCCUAUACAUCAUCAAAAUCAAAUCAAUACAAAAGUCGAUCACACGGUUGUACAAAUGUGCAAUGGAGAUGGAGGAAUAACUAUGAGUGCAUAAAAAAUAACCUCAAACUACUGGGGUACAACUCAAUCACAGAAAGUUGAGACUCGAAGGAGUCCAGCGGCGAUCCCAAAGCUCAUUAUGGUCUCUUUUCUGUUUGGCUAGAUGCUACCUCCAAGCAAGCCACUCCCUGGAUUGCUGACAGUUGGUGCUCAAGGAUUACGCUAAGCCCUAAAGGCAAGCCUCUUUCUCUGUCCGAAGCCUAGAGAUGUUAACCAAUCUAGCCAUGUUGUCACUUGCUUUGACAAAUUCUCUCUUCAAUUCUGCAAUGAGCUCUGCCAUCUUCUGCUCUUUGGUUUGGAGAUUGGCUUUGAGCAGGGCAACUGUGUCACUAUGAGCAAUGAUGGUAGCUUCUACCUACUCACUUUUUAUCUUGUAGUCCUGGAACUAUUUCAGUUGCAGUUCUAAGGAAGUGUCCUCAGAAGUGACUCUUUGAUAGCUCGUGAAGAGAUGUGUUAAGUAUGUCUGGAGAGUUCUUAAAUGAGCCCGAUCAUUGUCAGAUAAACGGGUUCAAAACAGAAGGGCAAUUGAGCUAUUAGCAUGAGUAAUGUUAUUGAAAGUUAGCCGGUCUAAGGACAAAGCAAAAAGCUGUCGGAUGUCCUCUUGAGCAAUCUGAGCCUUGACUGGAUUGGGUACAGGGUUUGAAAAUGAAGAGAUGAUCAAUGAGGUAGAUAGGAACGAGAGAUCCAAUCUGGUUAGUAGACAAUCGAACCUAAAAAGCUUUGGUACUAUGAAAGCAAAAUGUGGAAAGAGGGGCAUCAUUGGAACAUGAAAAAGGACAGAGACCGAGUUAACAAUUUUCUAUAGUAAAGAAAAUCUGCAAAAGUGGCAGAGAUACUUAGGGGACAAGAGCAGUAGAUGUUGAAGGAUUCUUUCUGGAACUCCUGGCGGGUUCAUAAGUCGGCUCUGUGGAAUCCUCCUUAACAAAAGUAGCAUCAAGCCUUCAGCCCAAAAACAUGGUAUGAAUCUCUCUUACAAACUUCAUCAAAUUGCCAUCUUGGCUGGUGAAGGGCUGGAAAUCAGAAGAGGUGGGUGCAGCUGGCUAUUUGACAAUUGAAACGUCUAACGGAACCCAGAAAGUCUGACGGGGUUGUCACAUGUAACGAUGCUGGACACACUGUGUCGGCUAGUGGGGAUAUGGAGAAGAAUCUGGUGCUAGAAUUCUGAGGGGUGACAGCUACAGAACCUUCCUAGACUGGUGGUGUCAUCUACCUCCUUCUAAGAACGAGUAAACUAAAGAUGGCAGUGCUUUUUUUUAAUAGGAACAGAGAAAUAAAAGGAAAUAAUGCCUUUUUUUAGCUGUGAUACCAUGAAAUAGAGUAGAAAGGAAGAAGAAAGAGAGAUGAUGAAGGAGCUAAAAGCUUAAAGCUUUAUUAUUCCCUCAAA